AGAGAGCGAGAGAGAUGGCGUCGGUCGGCAUGGGGGGCUUCUAUCGCCAGAAGAAGAGAGGAGGAAUCGCCAAGCCCACCCUCAAGCGGAGUAGCACCGGCAAGUCCGCCGCCAUCGCCUUGUCCUUCACCGAUCCGGACCAAAGCCCCGUCCUCGGGGCUAUUGCGGAGCACGGGAAGACAGCGUCGGCGGUGGCAUUCGAGGAGGAGAGGCUGCGGCAGUUCGAUCUGGACAUGAGGUAUGGCCCCUGCCUGGGACUCAGCCGGAUGGAGCGGUGGGACCGGGCGGCUGCCAUGGGGCUGAACCCGCCGGGUGAUCUGGAAGCCAUCCUUCUGAAGUCGUCCGCCGCCGCUGCCGAUUGCCACUGGGAGGGACGAAUCUAAUAAUUAACG